AUGUCUCCUCCAGCAGCCAUCUUCGAGUCCGCCCCUGUCGCGACCACAUCUAAUGGUGGUCUGAAGGACAAGUUAACCCCCGAGGUGCUUUCUUUCACCACCCAGGGUCAGCAGCAGGCUAAGCUCUUGGAUGAGUUUGCCGGAAAAUGGGACAACUUCAAGUUUGCUCCUAUCCGUGAGAGCCAGGUCUCGCGUGCCAUGACUCGUCGCUACUUCAAUGACCUUGACAAGUAUGCGGAGAGCGACAUUGUCAUUGUCGGUGCUGGUUCUUGUGGUUUGAGUACUGCCUAUGUUCUCGGCAAGGCUCGACCGGACUUGAAGAUUGCUAUCGUUGAGGCUAAUGUUUCGCCUGGUGGUGGCGCCUGGCUCGGCGGCCAACUCUUCUCUGCCAUGGUCAUGCGCAAACCCGCAGACAUCUUCCUCAACGACCUCGGCGUCCCCUACGAAGAAGACGCGAGCAACCCCAACUACGUCGUCGUCAAACACGCCGCCUUGUUCACAUCCACUCUCCUCUCCAAGGUUCUCUCCUUCCCCAACAUCAAACUCUUCAACGCCACCGCCGUCGAGGACUUGAUCACCCGCCCCGGCGCAAACGGUAUUGAGGAUGUCCGCAUCGCCGGUGUAGUCACAAACUGGACUCUGGUCACGAUGCACCACGACGAUCAAUCCUGCAUGGACCCCAACACCAUCAAUGCUCCUCUCGUGAUUAGCACCACGGGCCAUGAUGGCCCAUUCGGCGCUUUCUGUGCAAAGAGGCUUGUCUCUAUGGCCGCUAUCGAGAAACUGGGCGGUAUGCGCGGAUUGGAUAUGAACGCCGCCGAAGAUGCAAUUGUGAAGAAUACUCGUGAGGUUACUAAGGGGUUGAUCAUUGGUGGUAUGGAGUUGUCCGAGAUCGACGGGUUCAACCGCAUGGGUCCUACCUUUGGUGCUAUGGUGCUCAGUGGUGUCAAGGCUGCCGAGGAGGCGCUCAAGGUUAUCGAACAGCGUAAGCGUGAAUGUGCUGAGUAA